UUGGGUGGGCGCUCGUGGGCCGACCUGGUGGACUUGUCACUAGGGCUUCCCGGCCGUUCGGGUCUUCUGAGGUGCAGUGGUUUCUCUGCGGCGAGUCUCGGGGGGCGGGGGUGUUGCCCACGGCUCCCGUUCUGGGCCCGGAGGAGACUGUCGUGAGGCGAGAGGGGAGCGGACCGGGUGCCGGGGCCAGGCGGAGGGGCUUCCCGGAGCCGCAGGGGCGACCCCCUGGCCCUCCGUGAGGCCGCGGGGAAGCUGGCCUCGCACCCGGCAGCUGCCCGGCGGUCCCCGCCUACUUGGCUAGACGCAGCCGGACAAGCUAGCGUUCGGCAAAGAGGAGGGGUGUAGGGGAGAGGGCAGGCCAGGUAACGCACUGGGAGGAGCAAGAGUCGGCCGGAGCGAGCGCCGGAGGCUGACGCUGAAGUUUAUUCUGCCGAACUCGGGAACCGUGAUCGGGAAGCAUGGAGAUCCAGGAGAAACAACUGCAAAAUUAAUAUUUUCCUGGAGGAGCUCGGAAAGAAGAUGAGUGAUAUUCCACCUGGAAUGGAAUUGUGUCCUUAUUGUAAGAAGCCAUUUAAACGAUUAAAAUCCCACUUGCCGUACUGUAAGAUGAUAGGACCAACCAUACCUGCUGAUAGAAAGGUUUCUCAGUCCAAGCCAGGUACACUCCCACGUGCUAAAAAAGUGAAAGAACCAAUUAAAGAUUUAAUGAAAGCUAAAAGGAGAGAGUUACAGACAGAGAGUAAGGAAAGAAAUACUAAGUUGAUAAUGGACAAACCAGAACAUACAAUUAAGUCCUUUCCACUACCACUUGUUGCUUUGGAAAGAGCUAGUACUACAGAGGCAGAUAAAAACAUCAAGAAUCAAAUUCAGCUCUCCUGCAAAACGUUAAAAAAUUCUGGACCAAAGACUGCUUUCCAAGGGGAAACCAAGGCUCAGUUUUAUGCAUCGGAGAACACCUCUCCUAAAAGAGAACUUGCCAAAGAUUUGCCUAAAUCAGUGGAAAGUAGAUGUAAUCCUUCAAAAACUGAAGUAUCUUUACCAGUUGGCUCAAUGGAAGCUUCUUUAUCAAAUCAAGACAGAAAAUAUUCCUCAGCCAUACCUAAUGAUGUACACACCACUUCUGCUAAUCUGAAAUUGGAUAAAAUUAAUUCCCAAAGACAGGAGCUUCUAGUAAAAUUACUAGAUGUGCCUACUGGUGACUGUUAUAGUUCUCCAAAGAACCUCAGUGAUGGAGUUAAAAGAGUAAGAACAUCAUUGUCGAGCGAUGAGAGAAAUUCCAAAGGCAUGGAUCACCUCUCAGGAGCCUCUACUGAUGUUAGAGACAGUGAGACUCAGGAAAAAGACACAGAAUCAUUAAUUUUAAGCCUUAAAAUUAGCUCAUCAGGUAAAAUCCAAGUCAUGGAGAACCAAGAAAAAGGACUUAGCCUUGGCGUAGAGGUAUGUGGGAGCAAAGGAAAUACAGAGAAAAGUGUGUCUGCGACAGGAAUGCAGGAAUGGACUGCCAUCAGCAAUGGCUCUGAGAACUUCAAAACUGAUGAUUUAGCCACAGAGAAGAAAUCUCAAGAUGAAGGACAUUUAAAUUUGUGCAUUCCAAGGGAGACAGCUGACAGUGAAUUUUUUUCUGUAUCACACUCAAGUAAUCAAAGUCUUACCUCUCUGGCCACAAAAUUUCUCAAAGAAGAAAAAGCAGAAGCCUGCAGUCAUAAUGGAGGCCCCAACGUAAAGGCCUUAUUGGAAAGUAAUGGACAGGUUUCUCUGGAGCCCAAAUCUGGCUGUCAGUUUCAAGCAUUGCACACCGGAUGCCAGCAACCUCUACAUUCAGCCGUGCAUCACACUUCUAAGAGCCCCUUCAUCAGUCAUGUUGCAGCUGCUGACAGAAAGACCCUUCCCAGCUCCAUGGGGCUGGAGUGGUUUCCAGAGCUCUAUCCUGGUUAUCUUGGACUGGGAGUGUUGCCAGGGAAGCCUCAGUAUUGGCAUGAAGUGGCCCAGAAACCAGAGCUCAUCAGUCCCCAAGGGGGACGACUCUCACAAGUUCCUUUGUUGGAAAGAAGUUCGACUGAUAUAAGCAGUUUGGAACGCCCGACCAGGCUUACAACCUCCAACUUCUCUCUAAUGAGGCUUUUGGAAGCUGUACAAAAAGGCUGGCUUAGGUGCAACACCACCAUAAGGAAGAGUGGAGUCGGCGGCAUCACCAUGCUCUUCACAGGGUACUUCAUCCUGUGUUGUAGCUGGAGUUUCAGGCAUCUGAAGAGUAACAUGGAUACUUCCAGAUAGAACAAGCUUUGAGGAGAUGUAACCUAGGCAGUGUAGAUGGGGCAGCAGCUUGAAUUCCUACACAAGUCAUCCUGCAACGCGCAUAGAAAUUCAGCAUGAGAAUCCACACACGCAAUCCACAUCCUCCUCCCCACCAGUCCUGCAGAAGAGCGACGGUGACGUGCAGGCUGUCCCCGUCCCUGGGAAGACUCACCGUGGAAGGGCCUGUUGUUGAAGGUUGGAAGCGCAGGCUUGCCUGAACACCCUGCUGUAACGCACACCUGGUUUCUGUCAGGUAGAUCAACCCUGGCACUGGCUACUUAGUUCAGUCCUGAUAAUAAUUAUCUGAAAUAAUGAGUUUACUGGGGAAAGUAUAUUUUUUUCUAACACACAUUAAAAUAUUUAGCUAUUAAAAAUAAAAUCAUGUAUUAUCAGCAGGCUGUUUUACACUUAAUGGGGUACUCACAUAAUGCUACCACCGCUCUUAAUAAUAAAGGUAUUUGUA